AUGCCGUUUGUGGAAAUCUCUUGGCCAAGCUCUUCGCUCCUCCUGUUCCCGGAGACGAAUACACCAUUCUACCCUUCUCCAUUCAAAAAUGAGUAUUUAAAUCAAACUUAUGAUUUGUUCAUGAAGGCAUCUACGCCGAUGUCCAUCGCCUUGGUAUAUUUUUCAUUCGUUCAUUUUAUCAACCCUAUCAUUCGUAAAAGACAGUUGCGCUUGCAACAGAAAUUAAACGAAAAAAAUGGUGCUGCUGCUGCUAGCAAGAGACUUCCAGCUGCCCCAUAUGGUAUUGCAAGGACCUGGUGGUUCAAACUAUUCGUAAUUCUUCAUAAUGUAUUCUUAUGUAUUUAUUCAGCAUGGACAUUUGUGGGUAUGGUUUACACCUUAAGAAAAACCGCGAAACAAUAUGAAGAGUAUAUAGUGGACGAAACUCAUCCUAAGCUUUCUAAAAUGGUUCAAGCCGUUUGUGAUUUGGAUCUGGGAAUAUUCUCUGAUAAGUUGCCAUUGAAAAAUUUAUCUUACUAUGGAUUUUGGUUCUACAUGUCUAAGUUUUAUGAAGUGUUGGACACAAUUAUUAUUUUGCUCAAGGGAAGACCAUCUUCUUUGUUGCAGAGCUAUCACCAUGCAGGUGCAAUGAUGUGUAUGUGGUCAGGGAUUAGAUAUAGAUCUCCUCCAAUUUGGAUUUUCGUAGUCUUCAACUCAUUUAUUCACACCUUGAUGUAUUUCUAUUUCACAUUGAGUUGUUUGAAGAUUAGGGUACCAACUAUUUUCAAGAGAAUUUUGACAUCCAUGCAAAUUACUCAAUUUAUUGUAGGUGGAUCGGGAGCCAUUGUUUACGUCUUCUUGAAGUAUACUAACUUGGAAACCGGUGAAUUACAACACUGCUUAGAAUCAUCUACAAGAGCAUUCCCACUUUACAUCAAUGUCGCAUAUUUGGCGCCAUUGACCGCCCUUUUCGGUGCUUUCUACAUUGAAAGUUAUUUAAGGAAGCAACCUGUUAAGCAAAAGAAGUAA